AUGGGCCAGCGGACGAUACUGGAAGUCAUGCAGGGCGCGACGGUUACGCCACCGCCGAUCUGGGUGAUGCGGCAGGCGGGGCGUUAUCUGCCCGAAUAUCGCGAGACACGCGCGAGGGCGAAGAACUUCCUCGAUUUCUGCUACACGCCCGAUCUGGCCGUUGAAGCGACGUUGCAGCCAAUCCGCCGUUACGGCUUUGAUGCGGCGAUUCUUUUUUCGGAUAUUCUGGUGAUCCCCGACGCACUCGACCGUGAUGUGUCCUUCGUGCAGGGCGAGGGACCCCGAAUGCGUCCGCUUGAAGGCGACGAAAUCGAGAAGCUCGAUUCAAGCCGUGUGCUUGAUCAUCUGGCGCCUGUUUUCGAAACGGUGCGGCGAUUGCGCGUGGCGUUGCCGGAUGAAACGGCGCUUUUGGGUUUUUGUGGCGCCCCCUGGACGGUGGCGACCUACAUGAUCGCCGGGCACGGAACACCCGAUCAGGCCCCGUCGCGUCUGAUGCUCUAUCGCGAGCCGGCGCGGCUGGAGAAGUUGCUCGACAUACUCGCCGAGGCGUCGGCGCGUUAUCUGAUCGCGCAGAUCGAUGCGGGGGCCGACGCCGUCAAGAUUUUCGACAGUUGGGCGGGUGUUCUCGAUCGUGUGGCAUUCGAGCGGUGUUCGGUGGCGCCGGUUCGCAAGAUCAUUGAAACGGUGAAGCGCGAACGGCCCGGAACGCCGGUGAUCGCCUUUCCGAAAGGCGCCGGCUGGCAAUAUCGCGACUACCGCGAAAAGACGGGUGCGGACAUGAUCGCGCUCGACUGGACGGUUCCACUCGAUGUCGCGGCCCAAUUGCAGAAAGAAGGGCCGGUUCAGGGCAAUCUGGACCCUUUGCGGGUCGUGGCCGGCAGGGCGGCGAUCAAGGAAGGGGUCGAUCGCAUUCUCGACGCGCUGGCGGGCGGGCCGUUCGUCUUCAAUCUCGGACACGGGAUCACGCCGCAGGCCGAUCCGGACGAUAUGGCCUAUCUGGUCGACUGCGUACGCGGCAAGGCCUAG